UACAAGUAUAGGGUAAAAGAUGGGCAGAAAAUGUGAAAAGUUUUUGGUACAGCGUCAAAGAUGGAAAUAUAAUGCAGUGAAAAGAGCAUGUUAAAGAUGGGCGGGAAUGUGGAUGCGUUUUUGUCAGAAAAGGUUUGGAGUGAUUGUGGGUAGGUGAAUGCGUGCUUAUUUUUCUUGCGUAUGUGAACACCUAGAGUCGUCGGCCUUUCUUUUUUGUGGGGUUAUUUUGACAGGUCCGUUCAAUGCUGAUGGGAUGAUGACUGUGCUUGGUUCUGUUACGCUCGAUACGAAAUCUGACCUGUUUUUCUUUGGCUUGGCAACUACAUCCAUGGUCGAUUUUACGAUUCCCUGUUGUUUUCUCGUGAGCGGAAGUUGUGAAUGCACUGCAGAGGAAAUGAAUAACGAUGUUACCUUAAUCUCAAGCACAGCUUCUAAAUUCUGGAAUGUCCAUCACCUAUGUUUUCAUACGCAGAUGUGUAUGGACCAUGCCUACCACUCGCAACGAACGGACACUCUCUUCAUCGUGCUCGACCUUGAGGGUCCUUUGAUAAGUAGAAGUCGCAAAUGAUUGCUAACCUUCAUCAACUCCUGCCGUGGGGCUUGAGACAAGUCCACAGCAAGCGUUGAUGAAAGCUAGCGUCCACUCACUCGAAUACCUACUGUGGGGCAUGAGUUCAUGAUGCACAGAGG